CCCCCCCCCCCCGCCAUGUCCUUGCAGAGUACUCUGCGCAUGCGCCGACGGGUGCCAGGGGGCUACCGCGCUUGCGCUCCCGCCACCAGCGAAAGGGGCGUGGACUGGUGCUCAAACCCCGCCUCCAGCCCCUAUCGGCGGCGCCCUUGUCGCUCGGCUACCCGCCACUCGCACCGGAGGCCCCGCCCUCCCCGGAGGCCCCGCCCCCGCGCCAUGCGGAAGGGCGCCGGUGGCUCCCGCCGGCCCCGGGCCGUCGGUUCAGGGCCCGCUCCGGGCCCGGUGUCGGUGUCGGUGCCGCUCCCGGUGCCGGUCCUGGGGCUCUUUCCGCGGUCCCGCCGCUGUCUCCGGUCGCUGCUGCCGCUCCUGGCGCUGGCGGCUGCCGCCGCCCUCCUCUACGUCGCCUGGCCCGGCAGGGAACGGGGCACUGGCCCGCCCCUUCCCGGCCCCCCUUUGGAGCAGGAUCUACUGGGGCAGCUGGAUCCCACCCGCCUGCGGGACACCUUCCUGCGGCCCCUCCUGCGGGAACGGGUGCCGGGGGGGCCCGGGAGCCGUGCUGCCCGCCAGCACAUUGUGGGACGCCUGGGUGCGCUGGGAGCUGCUUGGCACCUGGAGCUUGAUGCCUUCGAAGCGGUGACUCCCCGGGGACUGGUGACCUUCACCAACGUGGUGGCCACGGUGGCCCCUGCCGCCCCCCGCCGCCUGGUCCUCGCCUGUCACUACGACACCAAGGUCUUGCCCCCCAGUCCCGGCCAGCGGUUCUUCUUGGGGGCCACUGAUUCGGCUGUGCCCUGCGCCAUCCUCCUGGAGCUGGCAGCUGCCCUCGACCGGCCCCUGCGGCGCGCCAAGGACAGGGGUGCGGAGGUGACGCUGCAGCUGCUGUUCCUGGAUGGGGAGGAGGCCUUCGGGGACUGGAGUGUCACCGACUCCCUCUAUGGCGCCCGGCACCUGGCAGCACGUAUGGCCACCACCCCCCAUGGGCUCCACGGCACCCAGAUCACUGCCAUGAGCCUGCUGGUGUUGCUGGACCUGCUGGGCGCCCGCCACCCCGCCAUCCACAGCCACUUCCCUCGCACCCAUCACUGGUUCCUGCGCCUCGUCGCCAUCGGUGGGACACGGGGAUGGGGACAGGGACAAGGGGAUGAGCGGCUGCGGCAGCUGGGGCUGCUGCACGCCCUCCCCCAGGACCAGCCCUUCUUUCACCUCAGCCCAGCCCCAGGACCUGUUGAGGAUGACCACGUCCCCUUCCUCCAGCGAGGUGUCCCUGUGCUGCACCUCAUCCCCCUGCCCUUCCCACCCGUGUGGCACACCCUCGAGGACACCGAGGACAACCUGCACUCCCCCACCGUGGAGGACCUGUGCAAGAUCCUGAUCACCUUUGUGGCCGAGUUCCUGCAGCUCUGAGCCUCGCUGUCACCCCCAGUCUGAGCCCCCCAGGGAGGCCAGGCAGCCCUGGGCUAUGCUGGGAGCCACCAGUAAAGUGCUCAGUGACCAA